AUGCCUCGGAUUAGUCAACAGCCUCCCUUCGAUUUCCCCGCCGAGGCCGAUUCUUUCCUUCAAUCCUCCCCACCAUCGAAUUUUUCCCCUGUUGGUUCCCCUCGUCUCGCCGGGUUUCUGUCUAGGAACGCUUUUCCCAGGCUCCUCCUGGGAGAAGACGAUCUGUUCGCCCAAUCUCCUCCAGAGAAUGGUGCCUCCACCAUGGGGCAUCUCCAACCCCCGAUGACUCCGCUAUCUCCCUCCGCGCCAAGCAGCAGCAUGAUAGCGAAGGAGCAGCUCGCUCACCACAAUUUCUCUCGUCUUCCAAUGACUCCGCCCGAUCCGUCAGAUCCGGAAUCGUUGGAUUCCACGGGCGAUGACGUGUCAUCUUCGGUGUCCUCCGCCCUUCAUGUCAUUUCCACGGAGCGCGCUGCUCUGGCUCACGUGGAACAUCUCUAUCAGAGGAGCCCUUUGGCACAGGAUCAUCUCGCACGUGCCGUGAGUCAGAUUGCUUCCAGCAUUCGGAAUGGUGGGAAACUGGUGUGCUGUGGUGUAGGCAAGAGUGGGAAGAUUGCGCAGAAGCUCGAGGCGACGAUGAACAGCUUGGGGAUCUGCAGUACAUUUCUGCACCCAACCGAGGCAUUGCACGGGGAUUUGGGCAUGAUCCGACCGCAUGAUACCCUAUUGUUGAUAUCGUUCUCGGGCCGUACUCCCGAGCUUCUACUACUAUUGCCACACAUUCCGUCCACAGUCCCAGUAAUUGCGAUCACUUCCCACCUCCAUCCGUCAACAUGUCCGCUUCUAUCUUUUCAGCCGUCUGACAUGGGAAUUCUUUUACCGGCUCCCGUCCAUGAAGAUGAGGAAACCUCCUUUGGCGUGAGCGCCCCGACAUCGUCUACUACAGUUGCCCUGUCACUAGGCGAUGCUCUGGCCAUCGCCACGGCUCGACGGCUACAUAGCACUACGGGACGGGGGCCUGCCGAAAUAUUCAGGAGCUUCCAUCCUGGAGGAGCAAUUGGAGCGGCAUCCAACGUUACAACUCCCAUGAGUAUGUCGACAGCAUCGUUCCCAUCGAGCAAUUCCGACGAUCAGCAACUUUCUAUCUCAUCAUUUCCUCGGCAGAACCUAGUGACACAAGGUCCCCGCAUCGCAGAUGUGCUGGUACCCAUUGACCAAAUCCCUACGGUGUUUGCAACAGGCAAGGUUCGUCUAUUGAAUAUCCUCCUGACGGCUAUUCAACAUCCCAGCGCCAAGUCGUGGGUGCAUUUAUCCCCGGUGGAAAUCAUUCCCCCACGACAUCUCCGCUCUCUCUCGCAGAGUAGCUACGUGGACAUGGAUGUCACCACAUUCACCAGUCUCGGUCUUCCAUUUGCUGUGUCUCGAGACGACUGGCAGCGUGUUCCUUACUCGAGUACCAUCGAAGAUGUACGCCAGCUGGUCACAAAAACGACCACGCGUACGGGAUUCCCAGUGACAGUGAUUGCUGUCAUGAAAGACGAAAAUCCAGACGAUUGUGUGGGAGUCCUAGAAGCUGAAGAUCUAUGGGACGACCGCACCUGA